AUGACGUUCUUCAACUUCUUCUCACACGGAAGUCAAGAUUUAUACCCUACUUAUCUCAAGACUACCAAACAUCUUUCCGCCAAACUCGCUUCUAAGGCUACCAUCAUUUCCAACUGCGGUGCCGUAGUAGGUGGAACAAUCGCUGGAUACGCCAGUCAAUACACCGGAAGGCGAUUCGCUAUCCUCGUUUGUGCUUGUUGGACAGCUGCUUUCUUGCCAUUAUGGAUCUUGCCUACCUCCUUUGGCGGUCUUGCUGCUGGUGGAUUCUUUGUCCAAGCUGGUGGUGCUUGGGGUGUGGUUCCCAUCUACUUGGGAGAAGUCAGUCCUCCUGCUUUCCGAGCUUUGUUCGCUGGUCUCUCUUACCAACUUGGUAAUAUGGCAAGUUCCGAGCAGCUCAGAUCGAAGCCGAUGCAGGAUCCUCCCUCGAGAGAUCCAAGAGAAUUCCCGAAAUUGAAUUUCAAGAGAACGAAAGAGGAGAUUGGGGAUAUAGAUGGUUUUAAAGUUGAUGAUUUCGAGGUGAUUGGGUAUAAACCCCAUGGAAAGAUUGAGAUGAAAAUGUCUGCUUGA